AUGGUAGGCCCGGGGGCGACAACUUGCCAUGCCCAGUCCCUCUCUUCCAUCUGCACACCUACUCUUUUAACUUCACUUUCAACCACCACCGCCACCGUACUUCCUCCAUCGUCUGCCACCGUCACCGAUCUGAUCUCUGGUGAAAAAGAGGACAAGAAAGUUAAACCUCGUUCUGUCCCCAUGGCAUCCAUCAUUGAAGAAGGCGGGAAGGAUCUUGAAAUGGGAGUCAUAACUGAGCCCUCACUUCCGUCGCCGUCUCCGAGGGUGCCGGCGCUGGUAGUGUCGCAUUCCGGCAAGACAUUAGCCGGAUCGAACUCCGGCAAGUCGUUAGUGGUUUCCAAUUCCGGGAAAGCCUUGAUCUUGUCUAAUUCCGGGAAAAAAAUGGACCAAUCAGGGAAGAAGAAGUACGUGAAGCAGGUGACGGGGCGGCACAAUGACACGGAGCUGCAUCUGGCGGCCCAGAAGGGUGACGUGGCGGUAGUGAGGCAGAUAUUGGGUGAUAUCGAUGAGCAGAUGCUGCAGACAACGAGUGGGGCUGAGUUUGAUGCCGAACUGGCGGAGAUCAGGGCAGCCGUGGUGAAUGAGGUCAAUGAAUUGGGGGAGACCCCUCUUUUCACCGCGGCCGAGAGAGGGCACAUUGAUGUGGUGAAGGAGUUGUUGCCUUACACCACCAAGGAAGGGAUCACCUCCAAGAAUAAGUCGCGUUUUGACCCCUUGCACAUUGCUGCGAGUCAUGGCCAUCACGAUAUUGUCCAGCUACUGCUAGAGCAUGACCCUGGGCUAAGCAAAACAGUUGGUCAAUCAAAUGCAACUCCUCUUACUACUGCAGCGACAAAAGGUCAUCUGGCAGUUGUUAAUGAAUUGCUUUCAAAGGAUUCAAGCUUACUAGAGAUAUCGAAAUCAAAUGGAAAGAAUGCUUUACAUUUUGCUGCCCGUCAAGGGCAUGUAGAUAUUGUUAAAGCAUUGCUUGAAAAGGACUCUCAACUAGCCAGAAGAACCGAUAAGAAAGGACAGACCGCACUCCAUAUGGCUGUAAAAGGUGUUAGCUGUGAAGUUGUAAAGUUGCUUCUGCGGGCAGAUGCAGCCAUUGUGAUGCUUCCUGACAAAUUUGGCAACACUGCAUUACAUGUAGCCACCAGAAAAAAAAGGGCUGAGAUUGUGCAUGAGUUAUUGCUGCUCCGUGACACAAAUGUCAAUGCACUGACAAGAGACCAUAAAACAGCCCUUGACAUAGCUGAAAAUCUCCCUCUAUCAGAAGAAAGUGCUGAAAUAAAAGACUGCUUAACUCGAUAUGGUGCUGUCAGAGCCAAUGAAUUGAAUCAGCCACGGGAUGAACUUCGCAAAACUGUUUCAGAAAUCAAAAAAAAUGUCCACACUCAGCUCGAACAAGCUCGUAAAACCAACAAAAACAUGAAUGGCAUUGCCAAAGAGCUUAGGAAGCUUCACAGAGAAGGAAUUAACAAUGCCACUAAUUCAGUCACUGUGGUGGCUGUGCUAUUUGCAACAGUUGCUUUUGCUGCAAUUUUUACAGUUCCUGGAGGUGAUGAUGACAGCGGGAUGGCUGUGAUGGUGAGCAGCCCAUCUUUCAAGGUUUUCUUCAUUUCUAAUGCUAUUGCCCUUUUCACUUCUUUGGCUGUUGUGGUAGUGCAAAUUACUGUAGUCAGAGGUGAAAUAAAAUCCGAGAGACGAGUUGUAGAGGUUAUCAAUAAGUUAAUGUGGUUGGCUUCUGUUUGCACUACUGUGGCUUUUAUUGCUUCAUCUUACAUUGUUGUUGGGAGGCAUAAUAAGUGGGCUGCAAUUCUUGUCACCGUCAUAGGAGGAGUCAUUAUGGCCGGGGUUCUUGGUACCAUGACGUAUUACGUGGUGAAGUCCAGAAGGAUACGAAAAGUGAAGAAGAAAGAAAAGUAUUCGAGGAGUGGAACUAACUCAUGGCAUCACUCAGAUUAUUCCGAGUCAGAAGUGAACCCAAUUUAUGCAAUCUGA